AUGCCACAGACUGACUUACAUUGCACCGCCCAUUUCUCACCAUUGAAGAGAUAUUUUCACUUUGAACAAAAUUGGCUAAAAGGUACCACACCCCAAGAAAGCCUACUGUGCAAUGAUAUGUAUAGUGGGCCCCAAUUAUGCGCCCUCAGUGUAACGAUAACCAAGGAACAGGCUCUAUUUGACCUCUUCAGUGAUAGGGUACCACAUGUUUCGAUAGCUAAGACAGAUGAUGUUAUCUGGGAGGAUUCUGGUGCCUGGUUGAAAUCUGUCUUGCAGGUCACUGACUGGGAAAUUAAAGCAGAUGGGUCUAAAUUCUCCCCCAGCACACAUACCCUGUGUGUUCCCUAUAUCUGGGCUGCACCUGUUCAACGAGGCGUGCAUGGCUUAGAUUGUGCAAAACAAACUAAACAGAUGGUUUCUGUGGAGACUGAGUCACCCUUGUUGGCUGGUCUCCCGGACUCUCUGUGGGCUAAAGAUAAGUAUGACAUUGGGCGAAUGAGUGGGGUUGAGCCACUUACUGUCACACCUAAGAGCACACACAGACCAAGCAGAGCUCAGUAUCCCCUAAAUCAGGAAGCUGUGGGGGGGAUUACCCCUGUUCAUGCUUCAUUGGUAGAAAGAGGAGCAAUUGUGCCUUGUCCAGACUCUCCCUGCAACACCCCCAAUUCUUCCUGUCCGAAAAGCUUCAGGUGAUUGGAGUUUUGUUCAAGAUCUUAGACCUGUUAACGAUGCAGUUUAUGUUGUGCAAACCCCAUUACGAUAAUAUCGGCCGUGCCGGCGUGGGCUAAAUGGUUUUCAGCUGCAAUUCUAUCUGUACCACAGCCAGUUGCAAAACAACACGUUGACACUCACAGGAAUGGCAGGCUAUUGUAGAGCCUGGCUGCCAGACUAUGCUUAAGUUGUACAGCCACUCUGAUCUCAUCCAAUGCCACAGGAUGGCGAUGAAUGACUAGGGGGGUCUGGAGGUGCUUGACAAAUUGAAACAACUGCUAACCUCUUCUCCUUGUUUAGGUUUGCUGGAUCACUCUAAACCAUUUAAUCUGUUUGUUUGCGAGAAAAAGGGUUUCAUGUCAUCUGUCCUCACUCAGGACCAUGGUGGGAAGCAGUGGCCUGUUGUUUGCUAUUCUAAAAUACUUGAUAGUGUGGUAAGAGGGUUGGUAUGUUGUCUUCGAGCUGUAACAGCUGCUACAGAGGCAGUGUUAGCUUGUGCUGACAUUGUUGCAAUUUACCCAUGAACCUUUCAAGUUCCUCAUGCUGUUCAUGCACUCAACUCACAGGCAAGGACCACCCAUCUCACUCCAGCAUGGCUGCUACAUUAUCAGAAUGUACUGGUGACAAUGUCUCAUGUUACCCUGAAGCGCUGCAUGGUUCUUCACCCUGCUACUCUUCUACCAACUGACGAUGUUGGCCGACCCCACGAUUGUGCUGUCCUGGUAGACCAGGUCUGUAAGCCCUGUCCUGAUAUAUCUGAUGUGCCUUUGAUAAACGCUGAAUUGGAACUGUUUGUUGAUGGCGCCGUCCAGAAAUCACCUCAAGACGAGCCUUUGGUGGCUUAUACAGUAACUACGGCUGCCACUACCCUAGAGAGUGCUACACUACCACCACAUCUGUCAGCUCAAGCUGCAGAACUGUGUGCUCUCACUAGGGCAUGCAUUUUGGCUAAGGAUAAAACUGUUACGAUUUACACUGAUAGCAGGUAUGCAUUUGGGGUUGUGCAUGACUUCGGUACACUCUGGAAGGAAUGUGGGUUCCUCAGCUCAUCUGGUAAGACAAUUUCACAUUCUAAAUUGGUUGAAAACUUGUUGGAGGCUAUUUUGUUGCCUAUCUCCAUUUCUGUUUGCAAAUGUCAAGCUCACACUAAUGCCUCUGACCCUGUUUCUAAAAGAAACGCUGUUGCUGAUAUGGCUGCUAAGGCAGCCGCAACGUCAUCUGUCUCCCCCACAAUCCAGAUGGUUUCACUUCCUGUCUCUGCUUAAAAAAAAAAAUCUCACAUGGCCAAGACCAUGUGUCAAAGGGGGUUGUAGAAACUGUACAUCAGUUUUGGUUUGCUCCUGGACUUUCUGUUUUUGCGGAGCAAUUUUGUUCUAAGUGUGUGAUUUGUAUGACUAACAAUGCAGGCAGAGGAUGGCUGAGACCAGAUUGCCAUGGGUAACAGUAAUGCCUCUGAUGUACAUGCGUGGACGCGUGCAUCGUACCACUGGUUUAGCACCUUAUGAAAUACUCACAGGAAGACCCAUGAGAAUGCUAAACACUCCAUUCCCACAGAACAGGUUGACAUUGAUGGGCUGUGAGGCCCAAAUGGUAAGUUACUUAACAAUAUUCUGAAGUCUAUUUUCCCCAGGGUAAAAGCAGCUUUACCUGUACCAAAGGGAGGACCACUCCACAAACUUCAGUAAGGCGAUUGGGUGGUCAUCAAGGACCUCCGCAGAAAGACUUGGCAAAAAACAGCGCUGGACUGGCCCAUUCCAGGUGCUCCUGAUGACCCAGACAGCAGUGAAGGUUGCAGAGAGGUCUACGUGGGUUCAUGCCAGCCACUGCAAGAAGGUUCCUCACAACCCAGAUGAUGAUGCAUCAGCCGAUGUCUCGUCGUAGGUGACCCAAGUAGCCAUGGGAAGACCAGGACCGGACUCUACGCAUCAUGUUUGUUGCUUUCAUGGUCAGCCUACUCAUUGCAGCUAUUGUAUGGGUCCUGGGAGGAGCAGAACAGCACAGAGCGAGAAGUGGCCACAAUGCAACUGAAGCACACAACACCAGCAUAG